GAACGUUGCCUUUCCUUCCGGGAAAUGAGCCUUAGCCCCUCUAAGGUUGCGCCAGGGGUGGAGCCGGAGGAGAGGCCUGAGCCCGGGUCAGCAUCAGAGAAGCGGGAGCCGGAGGCGGGGCCUGCGCCAGACCCCCCGGGCGGGUGGGAUCUGGGGGCAGGGCAGGAGUCAGAGCCGCCCCCCUCCUCAAGGCAGGAGUCGGAGCGGCUUUUGGAGUCAAGUCAGAGACGGGAACCCGAGGCUAGCUGGGCUUCCGGGCAGAGCGCAGAGUCACCAGGGGCGUCGGCGCAGGAGCCACCUUCAGGCGCGGUGCCGGCGAGGCGGGAUUCCUCUCUGUCCGCCUCACAGUUGGGAAAUCAGUUGUUUUCGAGCGCCCGCUGCCGCACUGACUGCCUGGAGGCGCCGCUCUCCCGCGCCUUCGGAUGGCUGGGAUGGAAGGUGGGCUCGCACCCCUGGAUCUUCCUGCUGGCGCCGAUGGUGCUGACGGCCGCUCUCGGCACUGGCUUCGUUUACCUGCCCAAGGACGAAGAUGAAGACCUCGAGGAGCAGUACACUCCGAUCGGCAGCCCGGCCAAAGCUGAGCGGCGCUUUGUGCGGGGACAUUUCACCACCAACGACUCUUAUCGUUUCUCCGCCUCCAGGCAGAGCACCGAGGUCAAUUUCGCGUCGAUUCUCGUGGUCUCCAACACUGCCUCGCUGCUGGAACAAGAAAUCUUAUCAGAAGUUAGUAAAUUGGACGACGCGGUGCAGGCUCUGUAUGUGACACAGGAAGACGGAACGCGGAUCCACUACAGUCAGGCGUGCGCCAAGAACCAGGGCCACUGCGUGCCCUCCAACCCACUUCUGGCCGCCUGGCGGGCGAACAAUAGCCUCAACCUGAAAAACAUCACCUUUCCCAUCUGCAACCAAAACGGCCAGCCCUUCUACCUCGCCAGCCUCGUUGGAGGCAUCGUCUUAGGCGAGAGCGUAGGAACGAACCAGUUACUCCUGGAGGCUAAAGCCAUGCGGCUGCUGUAUUACCUGAAGACUGAGGACGGGGAGGACAACGAGCGGAGCAAGGCGUGGCUGAUACUUUUCCUGAACCAGUUCAGCAACAUUGAAGAGAGUCUGGCCCUGAAGAAGAUCCAGGUGGUCUACUUUACAUCACUCUCGCGAGAACUGGAAUUUGAGGCAACUUCUAUGACAGUGAUCCCUUUGUUUCACUUGGCAUACCUUCUAAUCAUAUUGUUUGCAGUCAUAUCAUGCUACAGGUGUGACUGUGUACGCAACAAAAUGUGGGUUGCAGCCUUUGGAGUGAUUUCUGCUGCCUUGGCAGUGGUGAGCGGCUUUGGCCUGAUGUUGUACAUUGGGGUGCCAUUUGUGAUCAUAGUUGCAAAUUCACCAUUUCUUAUUCUAGGUGUUGGGGUCGAUGACAUGUUUAUUAUGAUUUCUGCCUGGCAGAAGACCAGCCUCAUGGAUAGUAUAAAACAGCGGCUGUCCAGUGUCUAUUCAAAAGUGGCAGUGUCCAUUACAAUCACCACCAUCACCAACGUCCUGGCUUUCUAUACAGGGAUUAUGACCUCUUUCAGGUCCGUACAAUACUUUUGCAUUUAUACAGGAACAACCCUGCUCUUUUGUUAUUUUUAUAACAUCACCUGUUUUGGAGCAUUUAUGGCCCUCGAUGGUAAAAGAGAAGUAGUCUGUCUACGCUGGUUGAAAAAGUCAGAAACUCCUGACCAAAAAUGUUCCUCAUUAAAAAAGUCCUGCUGUCUCCCAUUUGAUUCUCUCCCAGAUGAACAGGAAGCUGAUAUUCAUCCAAUGAAUUUGUUCUUUAGAGACUAUUUUGGCCCUUUUCUCACAAGCACCGAGUCCAAGUUUUUUGUAGUGCUUUUAUACAUUUUGUACAUCAUAAGUAGUGUAUAUGGGUGUUUCCAAGUGCAGGAAGGUUUAGACCUUCGAAAUUUGGCAAGUGACGAUUCCUACAUCACACCGUAUUUUAAUAUUGAUGAAGAAUAUUUUUCAGAUUAUGGUCCCAGGGUUAUGGUUAUUGUUACUGAAAUUCUUGACUACUGGAAUAAAGAUGCUAGGCAAAGAUUGGAAAAAUGUCUGGCAGAUUUUGAAAACAAUGACUACGUAGAUAAAAAUCUUACAGAGUUUUGGUUACGAGAAUAUGUGCGAUAUAUGGAAAAUAACAGACAAGAUAUAAAUGAUAAGAAUACUUUUAUAAACAGUAUUUCCAAUUUUUUAAUGGAUUUUCCACUUUUUGUGUAUGAUAUUAAUAUUUCAUCAUCACAUGAAAUCAUUACUUCCCGGGCCUUCAUUCAGACCAUAGGUGUUUCUUCUGCAAACAAUAAGAAGAUGAUGUUAUUCCAGUUACGAAGCCUGGCUGAAAAGUGUGAAAUUCCCCUAAUGGUGUAUAACCAGGCAUUCAUAUAUUUUGAUCAGUAUGCUGCAAUAUUAGAAAACACUGUUCGAAAUGUCAUUGUUGCAUCAACAGCUAUGUUCAUCGUUUCCUUAUUGUUAAUUCCUCAUCCACUGUGUUCCUUGUGGGUAACUUUUGCUAUUGCUUCUGUGAUUGUGGGAGUCACGGGUUUCAUGGCAUUCUGGAAUGUCAAUCUUGAUUCCAUAUCCAUGAUUAAUCUUGUUAUUUGUAUAGGGUUUUCUUUCGAUUUUUCUGCACACAUUUCCUAUGCAUUUGUUUCCAGUUCAAAGCCCUCAGUAAACCAAAAAACAAUUGAGGCAUUGUAUCAGCUAGGCUACCCGGUGUUACAGAGUGCGUUUUCAACAGUAAUAGGGGUGUGCGUUUUAGCUGCAGCUAAAGCAUACAUCUUCAGAACAUUUUUUAAGAUUAUGUUUCUUGUCAUGGUAUUUGGGGCUGCUCAUGGCCUAAUUUUUAUUCCAGUAUUCUUAACCUUUUUUUGAAGGCUUGUUUGAAUAUCCACUAACAAAUCAACUACCAGUCAUAGAAUUCCUGAUUGCCCCAUUCCAAUCUGAUAAAAACGCACUGCUAAGAAUAGUCAAUAAACUAAAAACAAAGGCAUGUUUUCUUGGCUUGGAAAUCCCAUUUAAAAAUGUUAUUUAAAAUAUCCUGAGAAAAAUUAAUUAGUCUUACAUUAAAAUAUCUUUACUAAAUUAGGAAGUGUUGUCAUCUUUAUUAUAAUCUAUACAAUCAAGUAUAAGGUAUAACUUUCCAGUUAUUUUUCCUUUUAUUUCAUCAUUAGAAAUUUAUGCCUGAAAUUCAAGUAUUUAAUAUAUUAUACUAUAAAUGAAAUAUUAUUUUCAUUGUACUUCCUAUAUGCAUUAUUAUGUAAAAGUGCAACUUAUUAUUAUUUAUUCUCCCAGUCUGGGGCUUUUCUAUGCAUUUUCUUAGUGAUGUAUUUUGAUGAAGUGAAGUUUUUAAAGUUUUGAAAUCCAGUUUAUCAUUUUUUUUAUGGUUAGUGCUUUCUGUGUUCUAAGAAACCUUUGCCUAUUCCAAGGUUACAAAAAAAUUCAUCUAUGUUUUCUUCUCAAAACUAAUAGUUUUAAUUUUACAUUUAGGUCUAUGAUCCAUAAAUCUGUGUUUGUUGGGAAGUAUGGAUAGAGGUUCAUUUUCUUCUCAUAAUAGUUAUUUAUUUGUCUCAGCGUCAUUUGUGAAAAAGACUGUCCUUUCAGCUAAGGAUUUAUUUGGUACCUCUGUCAAAGAAUCAAUCAAUUGACAAUUUAUGUGUGGUUCUAUUUCUGUGCAUUGAUGUGUUUGUCUAUACUAAAGCCAAUACCACAUGGCUUGACUACUAAAGCUUUAUAUUGAUUCUUGAAAUUAAGUUGUGUAUGUUGUCCAACAUUUUUCUUCCUUUCCAAAUUGUUUUGGGUAUUCUAAGAUCUUUGCAUUUAGAUACUAAUUUUAGAAUCACUUGUCUAUGUAUCAGAAAAGCCUUCUGGGAUCAAGAUUGGGUUAUGGUGAAUCUGCAGAUCAAUUUGGGGAAAAUAAAUAUCCUAGCAAUAUGGAAUCUUCCAAUCUGUGAACAUGGUUUAUUGCUCCAUUUAUUUAUGUCUUCUUUAAUUUCUCUCAGGAAUAUCUUACAGAUUUAGGUAGAUUUUACUUCUAAGUAUUUUUAUGGCAUUGCAAAUAAUAUUAAUUUUAAAUUCCUUUUCCAUUUUUUUUACUAGUACAUAAAAAUACAAUUGAUUUUGGUAUACCUACCUUAUAUUGUGCAACUUUGUUAGGUUCCUGUAUUAGUUCUUGUAGAUUUUUGUAACUCUUUAGUAGUUUUUACCUAUGCAAUUAUGUAAAGGUCACAUAAAGACCAUUUUAUUUCUUCCUAUAUAAUCUUUACCUCGUACUUGACUUAUUGCACUGGCUUAAAACAUCCAGUAAAAUGUGGGAAAAUGUACUACGAGCAGACAUCAUUCCCGUUUCCCAACUCUACAGGAAACAUGUUCAAUAUUUCAUCAUUAAGUAUGCUAGAAGGUAUUACAGAGCUGUUUCUGUCAGAUUGAGGAAGCUCCUUUCUACUCCUAGUUUGCUGAGAUGUUUUAUCAUGAAUGAGCAUUGAAUUUUAUCAAAUAAUUUUUGUCCAUUAAGAUUAUCAUGUCAUUUUUCUAUUUUAAUCUGUGAAUGUGGCAAUUUAUGUUGACUUAUUUUUUAAUAUUAUACCAACAUUUCUAGGAUGAUUCACAUUUGGUCAUGGCAUAUUUAUUUUCAUACCUUGCUCUUUGUUUUGUUAAUACUUUGUCAGUGAUAUUUGUUCCUAGAAUCAUGAGGGAUAUUGGUAUACAAUUCCCUUUUCUUGUAAUGUCUUUCUCAGGUUUUGAUAUCAGGAUUAUGCUGCCCGCAGAAGAUGAACUGGUAAAUAAUCCUCGUCUCUUAAUGUCUGAAAUACAUAAUUUAUGGUGGAUAUCAUUUGAUGUCAUCAUUCCUUAAAUGUUUGGUAGAAUUCACAAGUGAAGUCUUCUGGGCAUGGAGUUUUUCUGGGAAUGUUUUUUAUUUCAAAUUCACUUUUUUUAAACAACUAUAAGGCCAUUCAGAUGUUCUGUUUCUCUUUGGGUCACUUUUGGUAUGUUUCAGUUUACAAGGAAUUUACCCAUUUGGUUAAGUGGCCAGUUGACUAUUUUCUUAUCAUUUUAAUGUCCCUAGUGCUGUCCGCUGUGCAAUUUUUGAUAUUAGUAAUUUGUAUUAUAUCCCUUUUAUUUCUUGAUCAACAGAUUAUCAGUUUUAUUAAAUUUUCCCAAGAACUAACUUUUGGCUUUAUUGAUUUUCUCUAUUAUUUCUCUAACAAUUCAUUGAUUUCUACUCUUUAUUCCUUCUUCUUUUCUACUUUGAUUUUAAUUUUUUCUUCAUUUUCUAGCAUUGUAAGGUGGUCGGUAGGUUAAGUCAUUGAUUUUAAACCUUUAUUCUUUUCUAAGAAAGCUUUUAAUGCUAUACAUUUCUUUCUAACUACUGUUUUAACUGUAUCCACAAAUUUUUAUAUGAUGGGUGUUCAUUAUCAUUCAUUUCAAAAUAAGUUCUCAUUUUGCUUGUGAUUUCUUCUUUGACCAUGAAUCAAACAAUACCUUUAUUUUCUCUUCAUUUUUCAAGAAUACUUUAACUGGAUAUAGAAUUCCAGGUUGAGAGGGUUUUUUUCUUUCAGCACUUUAAAAAUGUCAUUGCAUUGUCUUCUUGAUGUAAUGCUUUGGUUAGAAUUCAGCCUUCAUUGUGAUAUUGUUCUUCUCUGUGGAACAUGUUUAAGUUUUUCUCUAGUUGCUUUUAAGAUUUUUCUCUUUAUUAUUGGGUUUUCAACAAUUUGAUUAUGAUGUGACUGUGUACGGUGUUUUUUCUAUUUUACCUUCUUGGGUAUUGUUGAGCUUUUAGGACCUGUGGCCUGAUAUUUUCCAUCAUAAUUGGAAAUAUUUUAGCCUUUAUUUCUUCAAAUGUUUUUCUGCCACAUUGUCUCUCCCCUUUCCUUCUGGGACUCCAAUUUCAAAUAUGUUCUUGUUAUUUUUAGUUGGUUCAUAAAAUUGUAAUAUUCUAAGUUUGCAUUUUAUCAAUAAUAAAUUUGAAUUUGUUGACACCUUCAAUAGACUCUUCUCUGUAGCCAAUAUUUUAUUGAAAACAUAUUCUUUCUACAUAUGGUGAGAUUCCUGGUAAGCUCAGGAAAGUUCUGCUAUGUGAAGGUUAUUAAUUAUGCUUCUAUGUUUGGAAAUGUUUAAAUAUUUUGGUCUAAAUAUUUUCAUCAUUACUGUCCUGUUUUAUUUUAUUGAGAUUGUCAUUUUUAGAUAAAUAUUUUA